AUGUCGUCUCCUACAGUAGAAAACUCUCAAUUCUCUACGACGUGGGCAAUCCACGAGGGUAUGAACAAUUCAUUUGAAGAUCAGAGCACAUCAUGGAGCGUUGAAGGUGUCUACAUCAAAUGGGUGGCCGAAUUGCUUAUCCAUAACAGAUCAACGAAUGAGUCUUCCCAAUAUCUCCCUAUUCUUGGAUUGAAUGCAUCUAUCUAUACAAAUAUUAGUCUUGUGCUAUUCUACUGUAUUGUUGUCCCUUUAAAUGUGUUCUUUUUUGUUUCUAUAGUACCGGAGCUAACCCGAAAAUGUGUGAUGAAAUUGAAAUUACUGGUCGCCACACUUGUGGCUGUAAACAUCAUAUGGAGUAUAACAUGGCUGUUUCUCUCAGUUGUCGUAUGCAUUAUCCAGGAAACCGACGAAGUGAUGUUUAUUCUAAAUGCUGAAGAAGAUGGCAUUUAUAUACGAGAGAGCAUUUGGGAGAUCGUAGCCCAUCAGCUUAUCGAAAAUAUCCUCACCGUUCAAUCGAUACUGAUUUUCGCCAUAUCUAUAGAUCGCUAUUUGAAUUUAUUCAAUAGCUACUCGACCAGUUGCGAAAGUGUGAUUACAAAGCUAUUUCUCGUUGUUUUACCAUUUAUCGUCGCUGCAACAAUGUUCGAUCAUCGUGUGCUGGCUCUCUUCAUACCUGUGGAAAGUGCAGUUUUUUGCAGGUUAUGUCUGCUUCUCUGCCCAUCCCUACUUGCUGUCACUUUGCUGUUGAUUGCACUCUUCCCGACAGAGUCAAAGAGCGGAUUUGAACCACGAUUUCCAAUGUCAAUGAGCACAACACUGCCUCGAGUAAUGUUGGUGAUCGUUAUCCUGGAUGUAUUCUGGAGGGUUGCGUUCUUCUUCCAAUUACUUGAAGUGGACUUCGAGUUUCGUAUUGUUACAGGAAGUGAACUCGGAGAUGAUAUCUUGCGAAAUAUUCUCGACGUAUCUUAUGAGAUCGCAAUCUUCAUCGUUCAUCUCUUCCCGUUCUAUUUCGCUGUAUUGCUCAUGAUUUUUGUGCGACACUAUCGAACGCAGACUUCAUCUCGCUUUUCGCAAAUAUCUGCAGUACUGUGCUGCAAAUCAGAUACGAUAGUCGACUAUCGUUGUGAGACGAUGCGAUCAAUCCUAGCAGAUCAGAAGAAGCGGCGGAGUAUGAUGGUAUCAGUGCACUGA